CAGGCGUUGUUAUGUUGAUGAAUUCUAAGCUCAAAAUUGUUUUCACCUCCUCUUUCUCUUCCUUUCUCUCUCUACAAACUUUUUCUCUCUCAAGAAUCUCUCUGCAAAUUCUUCUGAUCGGCGAAGAAACUCCAUCAACAACGAGUUCUGGAGUUCAAUUUCCAUCGUUGCACAUUUGGUCGAAUUCGCAAUGCAGCAGUUGGUGCCGCCAUGGCUAGAGAAGCUUCUCGGAACGGCAUUCUUCUCGGUGUGCCGGACGCACGGCGCCGCCGCGAGAAGUGAAUGUAAUAUGUAUUGUUUGGAUUGCAAUGGCGACGCAUUCUGCUUCUAUUGCCGAUCUUCUCGCCAUAAAGAACAUCAAGUCAUUCAGAUCAGAAGAUCAUCAUAUCACGAUGUUGUGAGAGUUUCUGAGAUCGAAAAAGUUUUGAACAUCAAUGGAGUUCAAACAUACGUUAUAAACAGUGCAAGAGUUCUAUUUCUAAACGAAAGGCCACAACCUAAAUCAGGAAAAGCAGUUUCACACAUUUGUGAAAUUUGUGGAAGAAGCUUAUUGGAUGCACUUCGAUUUUGUUCACUAGGCUGUAAGGUUGUAGGAAUAAAAAGAAAUGGAAACACAAGCUUUAUGUUAGAGGACAUAUCAUCAUCAUCAACAAGAAUGAUAUCAUCAUCAUCAACAAGAAGAGAAGAAGAAGAAUUGCGUGAAGGCUCACAACAAGACAUUUACCCGCCCACACCUCCCCCACCUCUUUCUUCAACUUCCUCCACUAGGAGAAGAAAAGGCAUUCCUCAUAGGGCUCCUUUUGGUUCCUAAUAUAUAUAUAAAUAAAUAAAUACCUAUAUAUAUUUAUAUAUAUAUAAUAUAUCAUAUACUCGAUAUAUUGAAAAAAAGGUAAAUUACUAAAUUACCCUUGAAAAAGCAAACAAAACAAAUGCCCUUUAAAUUCCUCCUACUUUAUACAACCCAUCAACAUUGACAAUUUGUUUCACCAAAUACAUACCCAUCUAUGGCAUGCCUUCCCCAAGCCUUUCUAGGCUAUCAUUUAUAUGUUUCUAGUUCGAGAAUGUAGUAUAUGAGGUGUGUCGUAUGAUAAAGGUCGUUUAAAACAGUACACUCAGUAAAAAAAAGUAAAAAAAUGUAAAUCUAUAUUAAAUGGUUUGUUUGUUAAAGACGAGUGAUUCUUGGAGCUCAGGUUUAGUGAAGGAUCAUAAUGAAGAUAUAAAAGUCGAAACCAAUUUUUUUUACUGGAGGGUUUAAAUUAAAGAAUCAAAUCAGAAUUUGACGUGUAUUGUUGAAUGGUUUAUUUUUAAAAUUAUGAUUGAGUGAUUCCUGAUUAUGGGAUAGAGGAUUAGUAGAUGAUCAUAAUGAAGAUAUAAAAGUCGAAACCUAUUUUUUUACUGGAUGGUUUAAAUUAAAGAAUCAAAUCAGAAUUUGACGUGUAUUGGUGAAUGGUUAUUUUUAAAUUAAAGAUGAGUGAUUCCUGAUUCUGGGACUGAGGUUUAGUGAAGGAUCGUAAUGAAGAUAUAAUAAU